GGGCGGGCCUCAGAUAGACUAUGCGGGUUGCGGGGCCUGGGGGCCGGACGGCUGUUUCCUGUCCUGGUGCAUGGUGGUCGGACGAAGGAAUUGUUGGAAAAUUUUCUCGGAGGUAGAAGAUGUUGUUAGCCCAAAUAAAUCGAGAUUCUCAGGGAAUGACAGAGUUUCCUGGAGGAGGAAUGGAGGCUCAACAUGUUACCCUGUGCUUGACAGAGGCAGUUACUGUGGCAGAUGGUGACAACUUAGAAAAUAUGGAAGGUGUAAGCUUGCAAGCAGUAACACUUGCAGAUGGUUCUACUGCUUACAUACAACACAAUUCUAAAGAUGGAAAACUCAUAGAUGGCCAGGUCAUUCAGUUGGAAGAUGGUUCUGCUGCCUAUGUUCAACAUGUACCCAUACCUAAAAGUAGGGACAGUUUGCGUCUAGAGGAUGGUCAAGCAGUGCAGUUAGAAGAUGGUACCACAGCGUUUAUUCACCAUACCUCCAAAGAUAGUUAUGACCAGAGUGCAUUACAGGCGGUUCAGCUGGAAGAUGGCACCACAGCUUAUAUCCACCACGCAGUGCAAGUCCCACAGUCUGACACCAUCUUGGCAAUUCAGGCAGAUGGGACAGUAGCAGGUCUGCACACUGGGGAUGCUACAAUUGACCCUGACACCAUCAGUGCUUUGGAACAGUAUGCAGCAAAGGUGUCCAUUGAUGGAAGUGAAAGUGUAACAGGUACUGGAAUGAUUGGAGAAAAUGAGCAAGAGAAAAAAAUGCAGAUUGUUUUACAAGGACAUGCAACAAGAGUAACUGCUAAAUCUCAACAGAGUGGAGAGAAGGCAUUUCGAUGUGAAUAUGAUGGAUGUGGAAAAUUAUAUACAACAGCUCAUCAUCUUAAGGUCCAUGAGAGGUCACACACAGGAGAUCGGCCUUAUCAGUGUGAGCAUGCAGGCUGUGGGAAAGCAUUUGCAACAGGUUAUGGAUUAAAAAGUCAUGUCAGAACUCAUACAGGAGAAAAGCCAUAUCGGUGUUCAGAAGAUAAUUGUACUAAAUCUUUCAAAACUUCAGGAGAUCUACAGAAACAUAUCAGAACUCAUACAGGAGAAAGGCCCUUUAAGUGUCCCUUCGAAGGCUGCGGUCGGUCCUUUACAACAUCAAAUAUCAGAAAAGUGCACGUUAGGACACACACAGGAGAAAGACCUUACUACUGCACAGAGCCAGGAUGUGGGAGGGCAUUUGCCAGUGCAACCAAUUAUAAAAACCAUGUGAGGAUACACACAGGGGAAAAGCCAUAUGUUUGUACAGUUCCUGGUUGUGACAAAAGGUUUACAGAAUAUUCCAGUUUGUACAAACAUCAUGUUGUCCACACUCAUUCUAAACCUUACAACUGUAACCACUGUGGGAAGACAUACAAGCAGAUCUCCACACUGGCCAUGCACAAACGGACAGCCCACAACGACACUGAGCCCAUCGAGGAGGAGCAGGAAGCCUUCUUUGAGCCGCCCCCAGGUCAAGGUGAAGAUGUUCUUAAAGGGUCCCAGAUUACCUAUGUUACAGGUGUAGAAGGGGACGACGUUGUUUCUACACAAGUAGCCACAGUAACUCAAUCUGGGCUAAGUCAACAAGUUACACUCAUAUCGCAAGAUGGGACUCAGCAUGUCAACAUAUCUCAAGCAGACAUGCAGGCCAUUGGCAACACCAUCACAAUGGUAACGCAGGAUGGCACGCCCAUCACAGUCCCUGCCCAUGAUGCAGUCAUUUCCUCAGCAGGAACACACUCUGUUGCUAUGGUUACUGCUGAGGGUACAGAAGGGCAACAGGUUGCAAUUGUAGCUCAAGACUUGGCAGCAUUCCAUACUGCCUCAUCAGAAAUGGGGCACCAGCAGCAUAGCCAUCACUUAGUAACCACAGAAACCAGACCUCUGACCUUAGUAGCAACAUCCAAUGGCACCCAGAUUGCAGUUCAGCUUGGAGAACAGCCAUCUCUGGAAGAAGCCAUCAGAAUAGCAUCUAGAAUCCAGCAAGGAGAAACACCAGGGUUGGAUGAUUAAUCCUCAGAACAAUGGAGCAAUAAAGCAGGAGUCCUUCAUUUUCUGACAACAGAAAUCCAUGAAGCCCGGGCCCAGGAAAGUUAGAAGUUUUCCAUUCCUGAUACACUGUACACAUUUUUAUGCAAGAGUGGAGAAGAUUUUAUUCUUGACACUUUUGUGUAUAUAACCCUUGGAAUAGAUUCUCAAAGUGAUUCAUUGUGUACAAGGAAGUAUGAAAUUAGGGCAAUAGAGUAAAUUUUCAUGUUACUCUUUUAUCAGAUCACAAACUCCUAGAGUCUACAUGCAAGAGUAGUAAAGUCUUAUGGGAGUCUUAUGAUGGAUUUUUAACUUCCCAUGAAAAAAAUAAAGGCUGUAUCUAAAAUGUCAAAGGGUCUAUAUGUCACACAAUCAUAAUUCCAAAAGCCAUUAUGGAUAAUAAAGGAUGUAAAGCCUUCAGAUAUUUCCCCAGUUAGUAGAGUGUCUGCGGAUUUUAUUCUAUAUAUUUGUCCACUUUUAUUUGUAUCUUCUGGUUUGCAGACUUUGAAUAAUUUAUAGUUUCCCAUCCUUGUUAAAAACCAGCUCUUCAAGCUGAAAUGCUAAUUAUAUUGGCAUUACAUUGGAUUAUGUAUAAAAUCAUAAAAUUUGGUUAUUUAAAAUUAAGAAGUUAAAUCCAGUGGUUUUGUUAAAAGAUUUUGCUUAGUAUUCAGUUUUUGUAACUGUUU